AUGGACAUCUCUGUUCUGCCCAACAACAACCACCCAGACAAGUUCCUCCAGCUGGACGUUGGGAUGUUGCCGGCUGCACACGGCAUGUUCCAGGUUGGGGUCGUCAUGUCCAGUCAGAGACUCUGGCAGAACAGAGUCUACUUGCAGAGGGAGCAAAGGGUUAACACUGACAGCUGGUCUCCUCCAUCCCCAGAGGGCACUCCUGUGGUUUUUGAGUCCAGAUACCUGGAGAAGCACAUUACUCCAGUCACUCUGAAGUCCAACAUUAAAAGGAACCCUCUGUACAUGGACAUACGAUCGAUGGAAGCAGUGGACAACAACAAGUCCAAGCCUUCCUGGACUGUCAAGGAAUAUGACACACAAACAAUCCACGGAAACCUUGCAGAUUAUUUAAAGAAGACUCCUAAAGAUCUGGACUUUUGGCUUGAGGAUCUCUACACACCAGGGUUUGACUCUUUACUAAAGAAGAAAGAAGCAGAAAACAAAAGAAAAAGACUUUCUCUGUCCCCUUACUCCCAGUUUCCCCAGGAGAAAGGGUAG